AUGUUUAAUUGGGCAGAUGUUGAUUUAAAAAAAUAUUUACAACAAUCUCAAAAUAAACUUUCAUGGAAAGAAAGAAUAAAUAUUGUUUAUGAUAUAAUUCUUGCACUAAGUGUUAUUCAUCAUGAGAAUGCAAUUCAUAGAGAUUUACACUCUGGGAAUAUAUUGUAUUUAAAACUAAAUAAAAGAUGGGUUAUUAGUGAUUUUGGAUUUUGUGGACCUGCUGAUAAAUCAACAGAAAGUAUAUAUGGAAAUCUUCCUUAUAUAGCACCAGAAACUGAUAUUGCAACACUUUGGAAAGAAAUUAAGAAACUUUUGAAAUCUUAUCAAAAUAUAUCAAAUGAAACGCUUCAAAAAGAAAUAAAUGAUAACUUAGAAACGGAUAAAACAAAUACAAAUUAUACAAGUAGCAAAUUAUUUACAAGUAAAAUUUAUCAAUUUAAAAAUUUACCAAAACCAAAAAAUGCUACGGAAGAAGAGCAAAAAGUUAAUGAUUUUAGUAGUUCAAGUAAUCAAAGUUAUGGUAACACAUCCAAAGCAAGUAGUAAAAUUUUAAAAGAUGACAGUAAAGAAUUAUCCAAAUCAUUUGAUGAAUUGCAAAUAAAUUCAAAUAAUGGCAAAAAUAGUGGAACAACAACAAAUAAAGAAUAUCAUCAAUGA